GCGACUUGCUCACUGAGCCCCAUCUCCCACCUACGGGACUCUGAUCCCAGCUCCUACGUAUGCAUGAAGGAUCUAUAUCUCCUUUUCUGUCUCUUCCAGAAGAUAUUCUCCUGCGUAUAUUGCUUAAUCUUUCAGCAGAUGACAUAUCGCGAUGUCGACAAACCUGCAAAUUGAUGAGCGAGCUAAGCUGCACUCGCGCAGUCCGGUACAAGGUAGAGCUCGAUGCCAUGGGUCUCGUCGAUAGUAUCACGGCGACGCUGCCUAUGGCCGAGCGUCACGACAGACUUGUAUUGUAUCGCAACGCAUGGCGCAAUGCUUCAUUUGCCUGGGACAGGAACUUCCCCGCUCAUCGUCGCCCAGAAUGCUGGAACUGGACUGGUGGCGUGUUACCCUAUGUCCUAGAUCCGGAAUCUGCGGAUGAGGCAGCGCUUCAUCUCUAUCGUCCAGCAUCCCCUGGCAGAGGGACUGCGGAGUUCAUUUGGUCUCUACCUCGAGGAACCGUUCAAGCGGGCUACGGAAUUUAUGGAUGUGUAGUCGACAUCUCGCAGGAUCUGCUGGCGCUCGCACUGGUCCCCGGCCCUUUUGUGGAACAAGGGACCUGGAAGCUACAACUCGUUUCAAUCACGAAGAAUGGGGUACCACAUCCAGAGGCAUCGAGUCCGCUUCUCGACGGUCCCCUGUUCCACUCGCGUCCGAGGCCCAAGGCUUGCGUAAUGAGGGUCUCCGGGAACACUAUUGGGCUACAGAUGAUGAAUCACUCCUGGGAAUUGCUUGUGUGGGACUGGAAGGAAAGCUCUUUGCUCUGGCACUCGAGGCGUAUCGACUUCCUCCCUUUCAUCCUCCCUAGUCCCUCAUAUAUGAUUGUUAUGCCAACACAGCAGAUGUCCGAACGGAUACUGCAAGUAUAUCGUCUAGACGUCGAAGCUGAGCCUUUCGAAGUUGACUCCAAAGCCCGGGACCGAGAUCCCAUGGCCACUCUUCGUCUUUUCGCCUUCGCCGAUGGGCUCUUUUCUGACGCCGAGCUGAUUCCUCCGAACAACAAUCACGAUAUAUCCACCGAUCGUCCUUCUUUUAAGCACCAGACUGAUCAGACGAUUUUCGCGUUGUACCUUCAUCUUCAGAACAUCGCCAUAGGUCACGCUAACUUUGGCCACGUCGAGAAGUUCCUCCUUCUCAUCUCCAUACCCUCCAUCCUGAAACGAUUGGAUCACAUCCGUGGUCUCGCGAAUCCCGAUACCGUCUCUACCACGUCGACUCCCGCGUCUGCCCGUGUGGUAGAAUGGGACGAAUGGGGCUCAACCGAUACUCGUCUCAUCGCCCUCACGGGUGCCUUUCCGUGGCGAGGCCGGGUCCGCACAUGCGGCUCCCGCUGCGCUGUGCAAUUCGGUCCAGAUCCGCGCUCAAAUCAGGAUUGCGUCCGAGUCAUCCUCGUCGACGCGCAUCCUGCUGCACCUUGCAUCCCGAACGAAGGGCUCGAACAGGCGCGCCGUGCGUUGAACCUUUCGCAGACGAUCGCAAGCCCGCGAUUGUUCAAGGAGCCGGUCCGCACAACGCUGCCUAUCAGGAUCUCCUAUAGAGAGCUUCGCCCACCAGUCCCCGAGCCGAUUGCUGUUG